AAAACCACUAAAUUUCCUUCGCAAGAUCAAGAGAUGAUGAUGCUUCGUACGGUGGUCCGCGCCCGGAAGCCCGUGGCGGCCUUCCGCGCCUUCUCGGCCGCGCCUGCCGAAGAGAAGCCUGACGACAGCGCCUUGAUGAAGGAGAUCCAGGAGACGCAGUGCGCGCGCCGCUACGACGUGCUCCCGCCGCACGCGUCGGCGUGGGAGAACCCGAUCGUCGGCGAGGUCUCGCUGCCGCACCCGAAGGAAUGCUCGGUCGUCAACUUUGUCGGCGAGUGGACGAAAGGCCGCAAGGCGAUCAUCUACAUGCCGUGCCGCAACCAGAUGCAAAGCGGCGACUACAACACGCACCACUGGGAGAUCCGCUUUGGCACGCGCCAGACGUGGCAGAACCCGCUCAUGGGCUGGACGAGCGGUGCCGACCCGAUGGACGCUAUGGUCAUGAAGUUCAACACGAAGGAAGAGGCCGUGGCCUUUGCGACGCGCCAGGGCUGGUCGACCGAAGUCAUGCCCGUCGCCGAGAAGGAGGACUUUGAGGGCAAGAUCGCGUACUCGCACAACUUUUUGCCCGUCGACGUCGAGAACAAGCUCAAGAAGUACGGCAAGAAGGCGUCGUCGCACUUUAAGCACGCCGCUGGCGGCCACAGCCACUGGGUCAAGACGCUCAAGUACAACGGCAACGGCGAGGUCGUGCAGCACGGCGGCGACAAGGAGUAUUAGAUUGAUGAUGGGGUGUUGCUGGCGCGGGUAAUAACAAACGAAAUACUCCUGCAUCGUACGAGACGUAACGGUUGCGCAUAACGUCUCUGCGAGCGAUGCGACGAACGGUCGUCUUGCUGAGUGCCAUGCUGGCGCAGCGCUGCGACGCCAGGAGCUGGCAAGAAACCAAGUCCCAUCUUCCGCCACCAUUGUGCCCAAUCUUGAGCACGAGAAUCCCGUGGGGAUCCGUGACCGUCACCGGCCGCGAGUCGGGUGCGACGGCUACGUAUUCGUGCGACGCUACGCAUGAGCUACUCGGCUCCUCGACGCGCACGUGCGAGAUGGGCGCCUGGUCUGGUGACGAGCCCUCGUGUCGGGUACGCUAUAGCACCAAAAUGGACAACUCGUACAAGCACGGCCACGCCGGGUACAAAAUCGGAGAGCUCUAAUCACACGCUCAAGGCGCUCUUGUUGGUCUCUCUACUUGUGUGUCAUUGCGUCCGUCAGUAAGACCGAUUUGCAUCUCGUG